AUGGCCACCAUAGACUUAUUCAAUCUCAGCGCCGAAAAACUCAACUUCGUUAGUGUGGGGUGGGGUAAUGAGGAAACCCAAUUUAAAGGGGUCAAAAAGAGGGCAGAGUACGAAGCCGAAAUAAAGGUUCUUUCUGCUCCUUCUUCCGUUCUGCCCGUGGAAAUUGCGUGGCGUGAAGAUGGGGCAUAUUUUGUGAUCACAUGGUCAGACUCAAGUGGUCCUGAAGCCCGGCGUCGGCUUCACAUUUUUGAAGCCGGUGGGGUACUUCAUUCAGUCGGUGCAGGGACCGACGCGUUAGAGACUGGACUCUGCUGGCGGCCGAAAGUUCAAUUGAUAGCCGUCAGCAAGCGUCGUGCUGGCAGCUGUCUCCAAAUGGCUUUCUACGAGUUGAAUGGCCUUCAACACGGCGAGGUUCAUAUGCUUUCCGCGCCAGACUGUGAUAUGUUUCGUAUUGGAAAGACCACCUUCGACAUGGAGGAACAUAUCAUGGCAGUUCUCUUUCUUCCACUUGACUCAGCUAACAAUACGAAUCUCCCCUUUGUGAGGCUCUACAUCAGCUCCAACUACCACUGGAGCAUGAAAACGGAACUAUCGCCCCUGCCACGGCCUCGUCCCCCUCCGUCUACCCCACUGGGUCGGGUCUCGUUGACCUUCGGUAAUGCUAAUGAGGCUGGCACCGUCACUCUCUACACCGCGGUAUCCCUCGGUAUUGGGGUCGAGGGUAGUUAUCUCUCCUCUUGGUCGCUCGUUGGCUGCAUCGAUCGGAGCGCCUGGCACCCCGGUGCCGAGGACCCCGCCAUUGUCGCUGUUAUCGACAGUUGUAACGUAGGCCUGACUGCCUUAGCGCACGCCACUAUCCCACCACCUAUGUGCGCCACCCGCCUCAUCUUUCCCUCGGCCGUAGGCGCGGUGAGUCUCUCGCCCGCGUGGCCGAAUGCGGUUGACGAUGGCGUCACCCUUUUCGUCCAGCCCACUGAUUCUACUGCUGCACCCUGGGUCCUUGCGCUGGCUACCAACUGGUGUGGCCCUCAGCGCCUCACCUCGGCUAACCUGACGGUGCUGCAGCAGAGGCAACAGGCUGCGCCCGACAGUGCUCCUUGUGCCACUAAAGCAUGGGCCCUGAAAAAGGAUGCAGUGGUUUAUGCCAGCGAAACCGCUUCUUCUAUAUUCCACGGUCAACUGCUGCAUGCUACAUGGAUUUCUCCCAAGAAGCUUUGCUUUGUCUCUCAGGAUGGGCGUCAUCUUGGUAUGCUCACUCAAUUGAUGAUGAACGACUCAGUCACUUUUGAAGUACGGUGUCUCGCUUCCCUCGCCAACACUGCCACCUCCGUUAUCAACGGACUUGUAUAUGGACUCAGCGGCGAAAUCGUUGUUCAAGUUGGUGAUGGAGGCAUUCACAUUGUCAAACUUAAGUGCCUCGAAGAUACUGCGAGAUGUGGAAGUACCGCAGUUUACGAAUUUCCCGACGUAACCCCUGCCAGCUUUCCCUUCGCCUGCGACCAAAUCUAUGCCGUCUCCUUCAGCUGCCAGAGUCAGGCUUUGCACCAGACCCACCUUGUGGGUCUGCAAUCAAGCAGCCACCAACUCUGCGCGUUGCCAUGGCCGACGCCAGCGACAAGGGCGACGAUGACUGGCGAGUGCGUGAUGCGUUCGUGCUCAUCCCUUUUCCUUCACUCUGACUUUCUGCUUGUCACCAGUUUGAAGAACCAACUGUUCACCGUGCCUUUGGCUUUGGAAUCCAUGGAAUUUCACUCGGUCGUGGCAAGCCUGAAGAAGCGACUGAACAGCAAUAACUUCGCACCACGAGCUCUCGAGUCGGGUGCGCGUCUGGUAGCCGCAGUGGCACGUGCCUCCAAGACUGUGCUCCAGAUGCCUCGUGGAAAUCUCGAGGAAAUUCACCCACGAGCUCUUGUCUUCAAUCACCUUGCACCAAUUUUCGAUAGCAUGCGUUAUGCAGACGCGAUAGAGACAAUGCGCCGUCAUCGGAUCAACUUCAACCUCCUCUACGACUACGAUCCGCCCAAAUUCCUCUCAAGCGUUGCCAAUUUCGUGCACCAAAUUUCCUCGCCCGAACACAUCACUCUCCUCGUCUCGGACCUAACCGAGGAAGAUAUAACAAAAACAGAGUACAACGGAUUCUUUGGGAGCAAACGACCCCUAGCUCAAGCUGCUCUCGCCGAAGUUGCUACUCAUAUUCGUGAUGAUUUCCCUCGUGCUCCUUUGACCGAACCGUACCCCGCCACAAAGGUAAAUCUCGUCUGUGAAGCUCUCCUCAAAGCCAUGCUUCCCGAGCCUAAGAAAUUCAUUCUACCGAUUCUCACCUGCUACGUGAAAAUGCAGCCUCAAGAGGUGGAAAAGGGCCUAGCCCUUCUUAAUGACUUUAAAGACAAGGGUGAUGUGGAUGUGUGGGAGCGGGGCCUACGUCAACUCCAGUACUACGUCUCGCCCGUGAAGCUUUUCCAUAUCGCUCUGGGCACCUACAACCUCGUCCUAGCCGAAGCUAUGGCUGACCGUACCCAAUUGGACCCCAAGGAGUACCAGCCCUGCCUGCAGCAACUACGGGCUCUUUGUGCAGACACUGGUGACAAUCGCAUAGCCAGCACGGCCUACCAGCAUGCUCGAAUUGAUCUGUUGCUGCAUCGCUACUCCAAGGCUCUUCAAAGUCUUCAUUCAGCGGGUUUGACCCAUUGGGAGGAGUUCCGUGAGGUCGUGAAGAAACAGAAGCUCUUUUCAGAAGCACUGGAUUUACUCGUGCCAGGGACUCCGCAAUUCUCUGAGAUCAGCAGGCUGUGGGCGAGAGAAUUGGUGGCAUCGCGGCGCCUUGUGGCAGCUGGAGAGGUGCAUCUGCGCGCAAAUCAUUUCGCCUCCGCCGCGCUCAUCUUCCUCUCUACUAACUCCACCCGUCGCUGGCGUGUCGCCGUCGCUUGUGCUGCGGCCUCCUCAACCGCCGACGCGGAGGCCGAGGAAGUGCUGUCCGCCGAGGAGGUUCACUGUCAGGCCUCGCGCCUCGCCAUGAAUCUCACGUCUCUUGGUCGUUUCGAAGAAGCUAUUUCAAUCUAUUCGGAAUGUUUACAUGACUACGAAGGUGCAGUCAGCAUAGCCGCUGAAGGCGGUCUCUGGUUGGAGGCUCGCAGAUUGGCUCAUCAUGCGGCCGACACGGGUUCGAUGAUGGCGCUGCUCAAGCGCAGCGCUCUUAAGGCCUCCGAAGAUAUCGCUGUUCGACUGACUACCGAGGCAGAGGAUUUUCGCAAGUCUUUUGAGCGUCUGCUUGAGAUCCGCGCGGAACUGAAGGAAAGGACUCUAAAUUCCACCUUCGGGGUCGGCGACGAAAUUUUCGAUAACACCGAGAGCGAACUCUUCUCGGAUACUGGAAGCGUCGUCAGUGCCACUUCGGUGGGAAGUCGUGAUAGUUUCUUGUCCAAGAGUUAUGGGCGAUCUCAGAAAAACCGACGGAAACGUGAACGCAAGUGGUCCACAAAGCGAGGCAGCAAGUUUGAGGAAGUGGCACUUAUACAGGUGCUCCAUACCACUAUCGCGUCCUGUCAACGCCUUUUCGAAACUAUCCAAGCCCUUACUGAUGAAUUAUGGCGGUGUGGUGAAUCCGCAACGGCUGCCAAACUUGCUCGUCAGGCCGACGGCCUCUUGCUCGACCAUCGCGCGGCUCUAAAAGUUGUUUGGUGCAACGAAAUCACUGGAGAGACGGCCCUGGGACUCAAUGAAGACGGUGAUGUGAGGCCAGCGAGACGCUACCCGUUCCAUGACCUGGCGCUGAUGUCUUGUAGAGACCUUCCUACUCUUCCCACCGGUUAUGACGAUUCAGCGGAUCAAUUGUGA